AUGGAUUUAACCGUGGAACCUAACUUGCACUCUUUAAUUAACUCAACCACUCACAAGUGGAUUUUCGUUGGUGGUAAAGGUGGUGUUGGUAAGACUACUUCAUCAUGUUCCAUUGCUAUUCAAAUGGCUUUGACUCAGCCCAACAAGCAGUUCCUAUUGAUCUCUACUGAUCCGGCCCAUAACUUAAGUGACGCAUUUGGUGAGAAAUUUGGUAAAGAUGCCAGAAAGGUGACAGGCAUGAAUAAUCUAUCAUGUAUGGAAAUCGACCCAUCCGCUGCUUUGAAGGAUAUGAACGACAUGGCAGUUUCUCGCGCUAACAAUAACGGAAGUGAUGGUCAAGGUGACGAUCUAGGAAGCUUGCUUCAAGGCGGCGCUCUUGCAGAUUUGACCGGUUCCAUUCCAGGUAUCGACGAAGCUUUAUCCUUCAUGGAAGUGAUGAAGCACAUCAAAAGACAAGAACAGGGUGAGGGUGAAACCUUCGAUACUGUCAUUUUUGACACUGCUCCAACUGGCCACACACUAAGAUUUCUACAACUGCCAAAUACUUUAUCCAAGCUUUUGGAAAAGUUCGGUGAAAUUACUAACAAAUUGGGUCCAAUGCUAAACUCCUUUAUGGGCGCGGGUAAUGUCGAUAUCUCUGGUAAAUUGAACGAAUUGAAGGCCAACGUGGAGACCAUCAGACAACAAUUCACAGAUCCUGAUCUAACAACUUUUGUUUGUGUUUGUAUCAGUGAAUUCUUGUCGUUAUAUGAAACUGAAAGAUUGAUUCAAGAAUUGAUUUCCUACGAUAUGGACGUUAAUUCCAUCAUUGUUAACCAAUUGUUAUUUGCUGAAAAUGAUCAAGAGCACAACUGCAAAAGGUGUCAAGCAAGAUGGAAGAUGCAAAAGAAGUACUUAGACCAAAUCGACGAAUUGUACGAAGACUUCCACGUCGUUAAAAUGCCAUUAUGUGCCGGAGAAAUCAGGGGAUUAAAUAACUUGACAAAGUUCUCACAUUUUUUAAACAAAGAAUAUGACCCUGUUGCUGAUGGCAAAGUCAUCUAUGAGCUAGAAGAUAAGGAAUAG